AUGGCGAGGAAAGCGCGACGUGGCCCGGGGACGUGGCCAGGACGACGGCAGCCAAUGGAAGACGGGAAGCCCCGGAGCGCUCGGCCAAUCAGAGACUACACACCUACUGUGAUCUACUGGGGUCUGACGGUGAUGGACCUGAUGGGUCAGCUGCCUCGCAUGAACCAGGAGGAGAUCACGGACUUCAUCAAGUCCUGCCAGCACGAGUGCGGAGGCAUCAGCGCCAGCAUCGGACAUGAUCCCCACCUGCUCUACACGCUCAGCGCCGUCCAGAUCUUGUCUCUAUACGAUAACCGAUAGAACUUAAUCUCUCUUUAAUGUGUGGAUCCCUUCCACACUUUGUUCGUAGUCGCCGGUCCCUCCCUCCUCGGGGACGAGCUGAUCAAGCCGGUGAAUCCAGUGCUGUGUAUGCCCGAGGACGUGCUGCAGAGAGUCGGCCUGCAGCCUGACCUCCUGAGCUAGCACAGCUCCCCAACAUCACACACACACACACACACACACACACACACACACACACAAACACACACACACACACGCACACACACACUGCCCUACUGAGCACAGACACCCCCCCUGCUAGAUGUCAGGAGCAGAGAGAGGACCACCACACAUCCUAGUCCACAUUUCACACACAGGCUUCUGACUCCGCGAAGGAGAAGGUGUGAAAGUCUCUGAGCUUUCCUGUCUUCAAACCCUCAACCACUCGUUAUCCAUUCACGUCAGGGUUCUUCGGGGUCACUGCAAGAAAAUGAUGAAUUUGCGAAAUGGUCUUAGACGGAGAUGUAACCUUUUUGUUAUGAAAAAGGCCUGGAACUCAUUAAACAACAUUCCUUAACUUCUGUUCAUUAUGUCAGUUUGAAUGAA